AUGCUGUCCUCCCGCGGCACUUCAAGAGCAGAAAUGCUCGAUAUCCCAUGGCGCUAUGCAGCUCCCCACACAUACGACAAGGAAACGAACCCCAAUGGAACUAUAUCUUUUGGAAUGGCAGAGCAUAGCCCAAUGCGGACCGAAAUCGCCAACUAUAUAAACCAAAAGGUAACCUUCACCACAGACUCAGUAGGCUACCGCCCCUCACCCCUCUCCUCAACCCGCCUCCCAGCAGCUCUCUCAACCCACCUCAAUGAAAUCCUCCACCCGCAUCCCUCCAACACCCCUAUCACCCCAGAAACCAUCUUCGUCGCCAGCUCUCCCACGGCCCUAGGUCACAUGCUGGGAUUUUCGAUUGCUGAGCCCGGAGAUGGGAUUCUGGUCAGUCGGCCAGUUUAUGGCCGGUUUGAACUGGACUAUGGUGUUGAGGCGGGUGUGGAGAUGGUGUAUGCGGAUAAUGAUGUUGAGGAGGGUUUCACCCCAGGGGUGGUUGAGAAGUUUGAGAGUUCGCUGAAGGAGGCUGGGGAGAGGGGGGUUAGGAUUAGGGGCGUUUUGAUUGUGAAUCCGCAUAAUCCUGUUGGACGGUGCUACCCGGCCGAGACUUUGAGUGAAAUAGUCAAGUUCUGCAGUCGAUACCAACUGCAUCUUAUCAGUGACGAGGUCUAUGCUUCUUGUAUAUUUAACUCGGGGCAUCCAGAUGCUGUUCCGUUCACCUCAGUUCUGUCAUUGGAUCUACCGGCGCUGAUAGACCCUAACCUUGUACAUUUGCUGUACGGGUUUAGCAAGGACCUCGCCUCCGGCGGUCUCCGUCUUGGUUUCCUAAUUUCCCAGAACAAGGAGCUUCGUCGUGCUUGUCAGGCUAUUUUACGCCUACACAACACCUCCACCGCCGCCGUAACAAUCGGCGCAACAAUCCUUGAAGAUAGAGAGUUUGUGUCGAAUUUCUUUGCCAAAGCCAGCCAACAUCUCGCCUCGACAUACAAGAUCACCACCUCGACUUUGGAAAAGGAGGGUAUCAAUUAUGUUAAGGGAGGAAAUGCAGGUUUCUUCAUCUAUAUAGACCUCUCCCCGUACCUUGCCCUUCUCCCAGACACCAUUACCAACGGUAUCAACGGCACUUCAAAAGCAGGUACAGGAACGAACCGCGAAGUCACCCUAGCGCAGAAGUUCCUCGAUGCAGGCGUAUUCUUGCAUCCCGGGGAAGAACAUGGGAAGGCACCGGGAUGGUUCCGCUUGGUGUUCUCGCAUGAAGAAGAGGUUUUGGAGGAGGGGUUGAGGAGGUUCGUUGGUGUUUUGGGGUCUUUGCGUCAGGUGUAA